UUUCUGAGUCACGGUUCAUGCUCUGUGAAGCGGGAGUUGGAGAACUCGCUAUCUGCGUCUCCCUCACCGGCCAAUUACACAAGCCUCUACGACAAAGAGAACUACCCCAGCCGUCGCUCACAAGCUCUACAUAGUAAGGGCGCUGCCGUCACUGGCAAACUAGAAGUAAGAUUGAUUGGUGUACAAGACCUCCUGGAAGAUGUUCCAGGCCGGUCCCGCCGAGACUCCCACUCCGGACCCUCUGACCUUAAAUCUUUUAUGAAAGGUGUCACAGGAAAAUCGUCAAAGUCCUACUCUGUCAAAGACGAGAUUUCUAACGAGGUAAUGGCAGUACUAAAAUUAGACAACAAUAAAGUGGUUGGCCAAACAAGCUGGAAACCUUGCUCUCAGUCGGCUUGGGACCAGAGAUUUAGCAUUGAUUUAGAUAAGUCCAGAGAUUUAGAGAUUGAUAUUUACUGGCGAGAUUGGCGGUCGCUAUGUGCAGUAAAGUUCCUACGACUGGAAGAGUUCAUUGAUGAUGUUAGACAUGGCAUGGCACUCCAGCUAGAACCAAAGGGACUUCUUUUUACUGAGAUCAAAUUCCUGAAUCCUAUGAUCUCGCGCAAGCCCAAGCUGCAGCGACAAAAGAAGCUGUUCAUGCAGAAGGGAAAGGUGCUGCGACCCAAUCAAAUGAACAUCAAUGUAGCCGCUUGGGGGAGACUCAUUAAAAAUAUUCAACCCAGCCAUGAGCCUGUCCAUCUCUCGUACUCAGGAGGUCACACGGGAGCCAUUACAAGUGCAAGCUCUGCCACGCCCAUCACACCUGGUCCCAGAACGGUUCCUACUCGACUGGACUUUGAUAGCGAGAAGACUCCCGGAGAAGUGUGUCAACAUCGCCCACUGGCUCUGUCAGAGGUGCGGCCGCUCAACAUGGGGGUGGUAUCGCCUCCCCAAGUUCCCGCUCACCUGGAGUCUCCCUCUGUGGCUCCUCCUCCUCCUUCCAUUACUUUUGGUGCCCCAACACAAACCCAGCAGCUUCCUUCCACACCUGCACUUAUGACUGUAUACCCAACCCCUCAUGGCUCAGUCUAUGACGAACCUGCACAUGGCACGCCAUCCACUCCUGCUCACCAUAGUGUCUUCCCAGUCACACAGACACCCACCAUCCACCCUGCUCACUCCAUCACUGUCCAGGUGGCUAAAAGGCCUACAUCAACACCUCCCCCACCGCCUCCAAGGCCACAUUCUGGCACUGUCACCAUCUCCGUACCAGCAUCACCUGUAGAAUCCGACGUUAAGGUAGGUGCCAUUGUAUAAUAUUUUUGGUGUGAA